AUGGCAGAUUCAAGUCCUUUAUUGCCCCUGGAGCCAGAAAACUCGGUGGUCGAUGAACUUCAGCCGUCCCUUGAUACGGUUGUUGAAAGGUUAAUAGAAGAUUUUGGAUGGACCCAACUGGUUCAAUCCACCCUUGUAUUGUUAUCAAGGUUCUUCGAUGCACAGCAGACAUUCAUCAGUGUCUACACAGACUCGGAGCCAUCAUGGCACUGCAUCAACGAUAACAAGUGCAACUCAAGUGCUAAGAUAUGUGACCUUUCCAAGUCUUCAUGGACCUGGAAUGGAUCCACUUACAAGACAAUCAUAUCGGAUUGGGAUCUUGAAUGUGCAAGCCCCUUCAUAAAAGGCCUACCAGCAUCGUCUUUCUUUGUCGGAUGCUUGCUUGGUGGUUUUGUUCUAGCCACACUUGCUGACACUUCUUUUGGCCGAAAGAACUUGCUACUACUUUCUUGCUUAACAAUGAACCUAGCUUCUCUCAUGACCAUUUUCUCCUCCAAUGUAUGGAUCUAUUCUGCUUUCAGAUUUUUAAGUGGAUUUGGCCGUGCAUCAAUCGGAGCAAGUGCUCUCGUGUUAGCCACCGAAAAGGUCGGAAGCAUAUGGCGCGGCCAAAUGGGAACUAUUGCAGGAAUUUCUUUUGCUUUGGGGCUAUUAUCUUUGCCAGGCAUAGCUUAUAUAAACAGAAAUUCUUCUUGGAGAACUAUCUAUGUAUGGACAUCAAUUCCGUCAAUCUUGUACUGUGUAUUAGUACAUAUUGUCGUACUCGAAUCUCCCCGCUGGCUUUUCUUGCAAGGGUGCAAAGAAGAAGCCAUGGCAACAUUGAAAAGACUUGACCCAACACGCUUGAAUUUAUGCUCACCGUACAUUUCCCAAAAAAAUGAAGCACGAAAGGCCAACCUCUAUUCAUCAAUCAAGAUUUUACUUGAGAGAAAAUGGGCACUUCAAAGGUUGCUAAUUGUGAUGCUAACAGGUUUUGGCAUUGGAAUUGUGUAUUACAGCAUGCCUUUAGGAGUAGGAAACUUAGGCUUCGACAUCUACUUGAGUGUUGUAUUCAACGCUUUAGCUGAGAUACCAUCCUAUAUCAUCUUUUCCAUUAUCAUAAGCAAAUGGGGCAGGAAAGGAUCCCUUCUUGCGUUCACUACAUUAACUGGCAUAUGCAGCUGCAUCAUGUGCAUCAUGAACUGGAAGGUACUAAUUGGAUUGGAGCUGGUAUCCUACUUCAGUGCCUGUAUAGCUUUUAUUAUGCUAACGAUUUACACAUUGGAAUUGUUUCCAACUUGCGUUAGGAAUACAGCCUCGUCGAUGGUAAGGCAAGCACUUGUAUUUGGAGCUGUGUUUAGUCCAAUUUUGAUUUCUGCUGGGAGAAGUAACAAGGUUUUAUCAUAUGGGGUGUUUGGCUUGUUGAUUUUGUGUUGUAGUGUGUUCGUUUUCUGUUUGCCAGAGACAAGAGGUGUGACGCUUUGUGAUACCAUGGAUGAACAAGAAGAAAAGGACCAGCUCGCUUCGUAA